AUGCCUGAGGUGCGGGACCUUUCUGAAGCUCUGCCAGAGAUGUCCAUGGACCCGAUCACUGGGGUGGGAGUGGUGGCCUCCAGGAACAGGGCUCCCACCGGCUACGACGUGAUUUCCACGACAACAGACGGACUGGAUGCUGACCUGUGGAAAGACGGGCUUUUUAAGUCCAAGGUCACCCGCUACCUGUGCUUCACCAGGGUUUUCUCCAAAGAAAAUAGCCAUUUAGGAAAUGUCCUAGUGGACAUGAAGCUCAUCGAUAUCAAAGAUACCCUACCAGUGGGCUUUAUCCCCAUCCAGGAGACUGUUGACACUCAGGAGCAGGCCUUCAGGAAGAGGCGCCUCUGCAUCAAGUUCAUCCCGAGGGACUCCACCGAGGCAGCCAUCUGUGACAUCCGCAUCCUGGGACGCUCCAAGCAGGCCCCGCCUCAGUACACCUUCAUCGGGUGA